AUGAAUUUUAGAGACUACCUGAUUUUACUGCCACGUAUUAUUUUUAUAUUUGUUAUCCCAUGGCUAUCUCUGAUUAUAAAGACUAAUUCGCUACCUUGGAUUCCCGAGUAUGAAUUUAACGAUCAACUGAAAGUAUUAGAAAGAAUUCAGAAAAAUGGCCUUCAAAGUUUAGUAGAAAAAAAAUUAUUAAGUAAAUAUGAAGUUAAAUUUACUGAACAGCAUGAAAAAUUACGAAAUUUAAUAAAUAAUACAAAAGAACAGAUUUAUUUUAACCAAGUUAAUCAAAUGUAUGAUUUGUUAGCAGAUCAAAUAAGGAAUAUUGGUUUUAGUUGUCCAACUACAUCAGCCAUAAAGAAUCGCUAUUGUAAUGAAAAAAAAUUGAAAGGGUUUGAAAAUGGAAGAGAAAGAAGUUAUUGUGAAAGUGGCUUUGACCCUUCUCCAAUUGCUUACUCAUAUCAAUCGAGUGAAUAUUCUUAUUCUGAUUCCGGAGAUAUACUAUUGAAUUAUGAAAAUGAAGACUUAAUUCUAGAUGAUACCAAUUGUAUUUCGGUUAUUGUAGAUGGUGAUGUUUUAAUAUGCGGAGAUCUUGUUGUUGCAAAUGGGCAACUUAAUACUCUAACUUCGUUUGAUGCAUUUGAAGCUCAAAAUUUGUCAGUUGGUAAAAUGCAAUCUAUGCACGCAAAAAGAAGAUGUAUAAUUAGAAGAGGUUUGACAGUAAGAGGGUCAAUGAUACUUCCAUUUUCUAACUUAAUUGUUAUUGGCAAAUUGAUUGUUGGAAAAAAUGUGUACACUGCAGAUCUGCAAGUUGACCUGUCAUCUAAUCUGUUUAUUGGAGUUUUAUAUUUAUUUUCAGAUUUAUACCAGAGUAAAAAUGACUCAGAUACAUGGAACCCAUUUUCCAUCACAAGAAUUAAACUUUUGCAUGUUUCUAACUCAUGUUCAAAUGAAUUUAAUAAUACUAUCAUUUAUAAUAGACCUCAAGAUAACUCUAAGUUUAAUGAAAGUGGAGAAAUAGAUCAAAAUAUGGGUUCUUUGUGGUCUAGUAGAAAAAUUUAUGUUGGAAACAGUGGUAAAUUGUGGGUAAGAGGCGACAUUCACGCUGGCGAAAUUGUGAUUUCUGAUGCAGGGCUAGUUUUUGAUACAUGCGGUAAUUUGAAAACUAACACUACACAUGGGUUAGGUAUAUAUAUUAGGGAUUCUGGAAGCCUUCAUAUGAUGAGCUCUUCCAUCUUUACAAGUAGAUUAUCUGUAAUAAGGUCAUCAGUUGUUAUAAUAAAAAAAGGAGAAUUAAAUGUUAACAGCAUUUUAUUGUUACACUCAGGUUCUAAAAUUCGAAUAGGUGGAAAUAUAAUACUUCAUAUUGCAUCAAUAAGAGAAUCGUCUACAUUAUAUGCUGACUCCCUUGAAAUAUUGAACCAAGAUAUUGAAAAUAUUGAACAUUAUCGUAAAAAAAAAAAUAAUUCAAACAUCUUUAGUCAUAACAACACUCAAUAUAUAGGAACAAAUAGUAUUGACAAAUUAGCUGGCUAUUUACAAGUGGUUUCAGCAUCAACCGUAACAAUAUAUGGUGGGAUAUUUGUACAAGGCUCAAUUGAAAUAAACGAUGGAUCUGAGCUUUUUUCAAUGGGUAAAAUUAGGAUAUUAGAAAAUGUAAUCAUUAAUGAUGGUUCAGAAAUCUUAAUAUUAGGUGAUUUUAAUUAUUCAAACAAUUAUGAUUGGAAUGGUAUUUGUGAAGGCUAUGCCCAUUGUAUUCUUGGUUCAGUCCUUGUUUCAAAUUCAAGCAAUAUGUUCAUAGCUAACGGAAGUUUGAAGGUAAAUGAAUAUGUUGAUUUAAUAGAGGGGAAUUUUAUAUUAGGAGAAAAUAUGGAAGUUGGCAAGUCAUUUAUUUCAACAAAAAAAUCCAACUUUUUUAUAAGUGAAGGUGAUUUAAUAAUUAAUAAUGCAGAUCUAUCCCUUGAGACAAAUAUUCUCGAAAAAAAAAGUUUUUUAAUUUCAAACGGUGUAUUUCUGAUUAACGGAAAAUUGCUUGUAAGAAAUGGAGAUGUAGCUUUAAUUACGAAGAGUUAUCUAAAAGUACAGCAAAUUUACAUUAAUCAGGGGAGCUUGGGUAUGUCAACAAAGUCUUUAACUGUAGUAAAUGGAGGGAAAAUAAAUAAAUUAAUGGAUUUAUUUCUUUUUGAAAACAAAAUUCCACUCAAUAUUCUAAUUAAUGGUAAUCUUACGAUCGAUACAUUUUCCGAAAUGUUUGUUCUUGAAGGAAGUAUUUCAAUUGAAAGUAUAAUACUGACAUCUAACUCAAAAAUAAAUAUUGAAAAAAAAAUGAACAGUGGAGUUGAUCUUUAUCAAAUAAGCAUUCAUAAAGUAGUUGUAUUACAAGGCAAUUCAUUUAUGAAUAUUCCUGAAGGGUACUUAUUAGAAGUAAAUAGUGGUAUAAUGGUCGAUGAAUUUUCAAUAAUGAAUUGUGAUCAAUCAAUUAUAGAAGGAGACUUGUUUAUUGAUGACGGUGGUUUUUUUAUCGCCAAAAGCGUUAUAAUUUUUUAUCCCUCAACUUUAGUAUCACAGGAUUCAUCAAAAAUAUACAUUGAAAAUCUUCAAGUUUAUUAUAAUACAAAAGAAAAUACUUUAAGCCAAUCUUCGGAAAAUUCUAAUAUUCCAUUGUUUAUUUCUGAAAAUGGUGGCUCCAUAAAAAUUCAUCAAUGUGAAUACAAUUGUGAGAGAUCAAAAUGUGUUAAAUUACUAUUUGGAAUACGAACUGUAGAGUCAAUUAUUACAAUAGAAAAGAGCCAUCCCUGGUUUAUUCCAGUAAAAGCUUCUGUACAAUUUUUUGAUUUAAACUCAACAAGUUCAAAAGAAUUAUAUGAAGUAAUAGACCCUAUUGCAUUUAUUGUUAGAAAAAAUCCUGAAGAAAAAAAACAGAUCGAAGUCAAACCCAGAAUUACAUUUUCGAAGGGAGAGCAGGUUAGAAGAGGAAGAACCUGGGAAAUUGAUAGGAAUACAUUCAACCUAUUUAACGAAUCCCAGCCUAUACAAUGGCAUUAA